GGGGAUUUCCCACGUAUUUUCCAACAUGACACCCGCACAGGAUUGAGAAACUGCUUAAGUACACAGUGACAAGAACAAAUGUAUUCUAGUCUAUACGAGAUGACUGAGCCAGUGGUAGGGAAGCGGAAAUCAAAGGACAGCCAAGAGUUUGACCAACCACCAAACAAGAAACAAGACAGUUUUAGCGGUGAUGAGGCAUACUGUUCAUUUUCAUAUCAGUCAUUAAGAGGGGAUGAAACUGAUAUGUCAUCAAACGAGGAUAUUCUCGAGAUUGAGGAAGAACCGAAGCUUAUUACUGCAGAAAUGCUACAAAUCAAUUACAAAUACCUAAAAAGUGAGAUGGAAUCUCGGGAAUUGAUUGAUAUCUUGCACCAGUAUGAGGUUUUUACAGAUGAAUUUUUAGAAAACUGCAAGACAACACCAAGUAGAAUGCGCCGCAACGAUUUGCUGAUCAAAGAAAUUUACUAUAUUGCCAUAAAUAAAGAUAGCGAAGUACUUCACCAAUUUACUACUUCUCUUAUUCAAACAGAGCAGAGCUAUUUAAUUGACCAUUUAAAGAAUCACUCCUCUUCUGUAUAUUCAGAGGAAAAAUAUAGUGCAUCGAAAUCAAAUCAGUUCUUACGAAAACUAAACGAAGAUGACACUAUUGAACCCAGAGAUUUUAUAGAUGAUCUGAUUGAGAAUAAAUCUAUGUCAUUUCGUGACCACGAAGAUGUGACAAGGUUGGAUCUUAGAAAGAAGAGGGUUAAAUUUGUAAGGAAAUUGGUAAAGUCAUCCAAACGAAAAUCUGCGAAAAUCAUAAAAACCGUAGAAAAAGCGUAUCCUAAACUUUUCAGAGACGUGGAGAAUAAUGAUGAAAGAUCUAUUGUACAGCAGACAGGUGGAGCAGCUGUAAACAUUAAAUUGAACCUGAAGUGUAAUGGAAUGGAACAAGAGUUGCGCGCAAUUGAGAAUAGAUCAGUUCAAAAUUUCAAAAGGAAAGGACAUAAAAAUGACGUUAUCAUGAAUGAUUUGGUGGAGGAGUGUAGAAGCUUGUUUGAAGGGCUUAAAAUUUCUUCUAUUGUCAUCCAGUUAUUGACUCGAGAUGAAAAUUCUCUUGGCAAAAUCGUUAGCUUGGUUCAGCAGGGAAAGGCAGUUGAUUGGUUACUCUCCAUUUUAGAAGAAAAGGAUAAACGUCGUCUAAUUCUUCUAGGUGUCACCAAAUUGCAAGUAUUGGUAACUGUAAAUACUGAAGGCAACUUGGGCAAUCUUUUAUUGGGACAAGAUUGCAUAUGUCAGUUGAAUCAACAGAACAUUAGGAAAAAUAAAGAUACAGUCACUGGAAUGAUAACAGAUGUUAGCACGCUAUUCGAACAAAUGAGCUCGUUUAGUGAUUCGCCGCCCCAUUUGUUGUCUCGAAUAGAAAAAAGCGAAGAUAAAUGCGCAACUUUACUAGACUGUUUAAUCAAAGACGAUGUACCACAAGUAUGGUACUGUUUACUUGAAGAACAUAUUAAAAAGGAAGCACAUAGUGUUGAAGAACUAUUAGUGGAAACAUUGGACAGAAAUAUAGAAUUUGACGGAAACGACAUCAAAAUACACGAAGAAUAUCUUAAAAAUGAACUGGAACUUCGUACAUUUCUUCCAAUCAUUCGCUCAUGGAUGAAUGAAAAAUCUGAAAAAAUCCUUUCAAAGAUUAACAAGUGUUCAUCUCGCAGAUCUCGUAUGGAACAAUUUAUGACAUUUUUACUAUGCGAAGAAGACCUUGGUUGGUUUUGGGAGGAGGUCAAGAUAAGGCAUCCAUAUGUCUGGGAAACUAUGACAACUUCAAGACGCUCUUCCGAGCAGUCUGAAAAAGAUGUUUUAGCUAUCAAAUUGAUGAAUGAUACUGUUGUUGAAGAGAUAGACCCAAUCAGACUUACAAAAUAUUUGAGGGAUGAAACCAUCACUGACCUCGGUUUUAAUGACUUUAAAGAUAUUCAGAGCAGGAAAUCAAGAGCACAGUUCAUAUUAAAUCGACUAACAGCAGACACUAUAGGCGAUUUCAUGACUGCAUUACGCCAAGGUGGAUAUGAGCACAUCUACAGGCAAAUUAAAGCAGGAUCUCUCGCAAAGCAGUAUGUGUGCCCACGCAUUCAUAGCAUAAAACGUCCGAAAAGAAAAAUCUACAAAAGUGUGUUUGAUUUACCAACGAAACUUUGUUCUGACGAGGUUCCUACAUGUUGGGUAAAUUCAAACAAAGCUGGCGAAUCAACUCUCCCUACAUUUUCAACUCACUCCACAGGAUAUGAAUAUGCGAGUGCUCAAACCUCUGGAAUAAAAAGUCCGGCAAGUGUAGGGUCUCUUAAAGAUUCUGAAAGUGGAUUUAUCUCUGGAUCGGACGACUUUACUUGUGAGAUUGCUAACACACAUGACUUCGAUGACGAGGGAAUAUCGUCAUGUUCCCCAGUGUCACCCACAUCAUUAAGUCCAGAUUCUAGUACCAAAGCUGUUAAGCCAAGCAGUAGAUCACGUGAAACACUUCAAAGGAAAGAUUUUAAAAGAAUGCUUCAACUGAUGGAUUCAGACAUUUCAGCUUCACGUGAAAGAAUUCUGUUUUGUUCACACUUACGUCCAAAUAGGUUUAGACUAGGUCGAAAGGUGACAGCUCAAAGUCACUAUGGCCCUGAUUACUCAUUGAUAGAGAUAACGAACGUUCACAGUCUCACAGUCCUUCAC